UAUUGAUUAACCACGGAACUCGGAAACGCAUGCGCGCCUUUUUCGUAAAUCGUAGAAGAUGAUGUUUUACAGAGCUUUGCGAAUCUUUUUCCAUUUUUUUACAAUAUUUUAUUGUGUGACCGGUGAAACAUUAACUAAAAAAAAUGAAAAACGAAUUGGUGUUAGAAACAAUUAUCCAAUGUGCCUCGACACUUUUGAUAUUCACAAAGAUAAAAUAAUUCGAACGCAUGAAUCUCGUGAAAUGGGUGCUAAGUAUUUAAAUGAGGACGAUGUUGAAUCAAGAGAAGAAUGUCUAAAGUUUUGCUGUGAUACAGAAGGUUGCGAUGUAUUUAUUUUUGAAGAAAAGAAACCUGGAAGUUGUUACCUUUUUCAAUGUGGGCCAUUACAUGAUUUUAAAUGUAAAUUUACCAGUCAUGCUAAUUAUAGUAGUGCAAUGCGUACUAACUAUAACACACAAAGUAAUGUACAACUAGAAGAGGAAAUUCGAAUUUCACAACAAGAGCAUGAGUUAAAAUCUCUCAGAAAAUUAGCAGAUCCAGCGCCAGUAGAAUAUUCCUUUACGGAACCAUCCAUAAAAUUAAUUCCAACCAUAACACCAAAAUUAUCAUUUACUACACCUCCACCAAUUAAACAAGCUUGUAGCCGCAAUCAAUACGAAUGUCAAACAUCUGGAGAUUGUAUAGCAGUAUAUAAUGUGUGCGAUGGCAUUCCGCAAUGUGCAGAUGGAUCUGACGAAGCAGCACCAGAUCUUGUAUGUCCCACAGAAAAACCAACUAUACCUCCCCCUUUGAUGCAAAGGCCUCAACCACCUCAACAGCUUUUACCCAUUGAUAUUAUAAAAUAUCAACAAAUGGUGGAUCAACAUAAAUCUCUUGCACCACUGUACGCUCGUGUUCCAGAAGUUAAUCCUAAACCAUGGGAACUACAUAAUAUAGCUCACCAAAUCAUACCACAACAGCAGCCACUUUUGUAUCCGGCACAACAAGUGGAAGUACCUCAAGGACAUAAAGAAUUUGGUGCUCCAGGCUAUCAAUGGGAUUAUCAACCCCUGUAUGAACAAAAUAAAGACGCCUACAAUCCUGUUAACUCUUUUCACGAACAAAAUAAUUAUGAACAAGAUCAAUCACAUAUUUUCAAUCACAAGGGAUCAAGUGUUAUAGGAGAAAAAGAAACUGACAAUGGUGCCUAUUUAGAUUUAAGGCAUCCAUAUACGUCACAUUUUGUAUCGCCAAAUAGAGAUCCAUGGCAAAAUACUCAAAUUUUUCCUUCCCCAUCUCCACUACCAAAUGUACAACAAAAACCGGUAAUUGAAAUUGAGAAGAAUGUCGUUAGUACAACUACACCUCCUUGCGAUGUAUCACACGAACAAACAGAUACACCAAUCAAAGACAAAGAAAUGAAAAAGCCGAAUAAACAAGAAGUCAAACAUGUUCAGUAUAAAAAAGAAGAGAACCAGGAUAAUAAUAAACAAAGUGUCUUAAGAAACGAAACUCCAAAACACAGUCAUAUUCAAACAGCAGAACCUAAAGAACAUAAAAAUUUAAUAGUUAUCAAAGAUCAUAUCAGAGAGCAUGGAAGAAAUACUGUAAUGGCAGAACAUUUAAAACAAACAAAUGAAAAUGAAGUUUUAAGACCUAGAGGUGCAGUUAUAUCGUUAGCUCUGGGACUUACGAUAACAGCCAUCACAGCUACAUUAAUAAUAUGUCGCUUACGAGUAGUUCGUAGACGUGGAAGACAUCAUGGACCAUACGCUCACGAUGUGGACUACUUAGUUAAUGGAAUGUAUCUUUAAUUUCAGAUUAAAAGAUAGACAAUACAAGAAGAUAUAUAAUCAUUUUUUGAAAUUAUUUAAUAAGAUAUGAAUGCAUUUAUCAUUUGUAUGGCCUUACAUAAGGAAAAACAAUUAAGAAUUUGUAACAAAACUAUAUUUAUAUAUCAUUUUUACAACGAUACAAUACACAUACCUGUUUAUGGUUCUUAAAAGUAGAACCAUUAUUUGAAUUUUAUAUACCAAAUACAUUCUCAUAUUUCUUAAUUUAUAGUGAUAUAAAUAUUGUAUAACAAGACUCGCUUUGAGUGAUUAUAUGUUCUAUGAGUAAUUGUAACUAUGUUAAUCUAAAUGAUUUAUAUUGUGUAAACACUGUGCAAAUGUAUGAAGUAUUUACAAUACUGCAAUUGUAUACAUCAAUUAUUGUUAGUAGUACAAAACCAACAAUUUAUUUAAAUUUUUAAGUUAGUAUGAAUCUUUUUAAAAGAAUAUAAACUUCAAAACUAUAUAAUUUCAUUAAUAGCUACACUAUUAUUUUAUUAAUUAUUACAAGUUUUUAUCACAAAAGUAAUAAAUUGUAAUUGAAGAAACCUAAUUCAACUUUAUGUAAAAAUCAAAUAUCUUUAAUGCAUAACGGGUGAAUAUCAACGUACCAAACAUUAAUUACAAAUAUUAAUAAUUAUCUUAUUUAAUUGUUAUUACAAUUAGUUUUCUUAUAAAUAUUAUAGUACUAUUUUCUCAGAUACACAUAACAUAUGUGUUAGAAAAAAAUAGUGACUGGAAUGAUAAGAAAUAAAUUUAUAUCAAUAACGCGAAAGAGAAAAUGUUGCACAUAAUUAUAAAAAAAAAAUUUUAUUCAUUUUUUUUAUUUGAAAAAAAUGAACAGAACAAAAAGAAUUGCAAUUCUAUGCCAAGUAAUAGUCUCUACCAUUACUUAUAUUGUAACAAGUGGAAACUAUGAGAUGUUUACAAAUGUAACUGUAGGUUUGUUCAAAAUGAAGUAAAAAUAUUGUUCAAUUAUACUUAAUGUUACUCUAUUGUAUGCAGCUAUUGACGACUCGCAGCAGCUGCUUUCUGUGCUCGUAUAAAUUCAGGAUAAUCAAUGUACCCAUCAUUGUUGCUGUCGUCCAUAGAAAAUAUUGGAUCUAUCAAUGUAACCAAUUCCUCAUCCUUAAACAUUUUUUCUCCAGCAUUGGGACCUCCUACAUCUUUGCUACCUUGCUCUACUUGUAAAAUAUUGUUUACAUAUAUAUAAUUGUCACAAUAAUAAAUUGUAAACAGUAUUAAUAAGUAAAUACAUACCAUGCCAAUGAAUCAAGGAUUUUAUAAGUUCACAACCAUCUAAUUUAUUAUUGUUAUCUGCGUCGUGCAUCUUAAAAUAAUGGAACUGCAAUUCCUGCUCUGUCAUUUUACUAGUAUCUAUUGGAACUUCCAUGUGCUCUGCAAUAUGACUGUACAAAGAAAAACAUUUCAGAUAAAAGAUGUAAGUAUUCAAUACCAUAAUACAAUAAAAUUAUAUGAACAUACGCCUUUUCAUGAACUAUAUUGGCAGCAUUAAGAAUUUGCUGUGGUUGGUCGUGAGCGUGUCCUUGUUGAACUGGUACACCGUGUCCUUGCUGAGUUGGCAUAUGUUGUUGUACGGGUACUUGUUGAACAGGAACCUGAUGCAUAGGUACUUGAGGUUGCUGGAACUUCAUAAAUUUCGGAAUAUAUUAUAAAUCUCAUGAGUACAAGAUUUUAUUUUAACAUAUGUUAAAUGCAAUAAAACAUAAUGUGAUAUAUUAUAUGUAAGUUACAAUUAUUGAUGAAUAAUUGUUAAUAACCUGAUUUCUCAAAUUACUACAUGAAUUUACUAAUUAUUACCUGUUGUUGUGGCAUUUGUUGUGGCAUUUGAUGUACUUGUUGAGCAUGCUAAAACAGAUAAAAUGCAUAACAAGUCAUAAAUUAAUAAUUAAGAAAAAUAUUCUAUUUGUAUAAUUUAAAUGUAACAUUUGUAUAUUUUCUAUUAUGUACUUAUAAAGUACAUAUUAUAUGUUUUAAUGACGCUUUAAUAAACAGUCACCAUAUGUUUACUGAUUUUCAAAAUAAAACUCACUUGUUGAUAAUGUUGAGGAGAUACACCUGGUGGAACCCUUUGAACUUGAGCAUGUACAUAAUUACAGCCAAAGGAUCCAAUUAUAAACAGCCACAAAGUCCAAUUCAUUUUGUAAUAUUAUCCUAUGAACAAUGUAGUAUUCACACAUGUAGUUACAUAUAAUAUUUUCUGCACAAAUAAUACAUAUGUUACUAUACUUGAUGUUAUUGUAUUAAACUCGAAUUGAAAAUUUAAUGAAGUGUAAAACAAAUUUCUGAAAUACCUUGUUUACAAUUGAAGAUGUACAUAUACAAAAACUGACAUAGAAGCCAAUAUCUCGAUCAUUGGCAAGACUGUACACCGGAUCAGAAAUUUCAGGUUAUGUUACAGGAAUCGUGUACACUGACGUGGACAGAUGCAGGUGUUAUAUACUUUCUAGCGAUGUUUCUACCUAGGGGAUUAGCGAUUUAAGAAUACCUGCGAAUGCGAUAACUUUUUAAUUUAUUUUUUCAUUGCGACAAAUUACAUAAUAUUGUAAUCAGUAAUCUUGCUUAGAGGAUAUGAAACUUUAUUUUUAUUUUUAAAAUAAUAACGUUCUUAUGAAAUUUCAGAAUAUGCUUAAUCUGUGAAUUGCAUUUUAGAACCUCAGACACCCU